GAUGACUAAUAUUACUUAAAACCACUUAAGCAAACGAAUAUCAUUUGAGAAUAUUUUGCGGUUCAUUCUGCAUAUUUUGUAAAUAACAAACGGAUAAAAUUAAAUCGGAAAUGGAAACCCAAUCUAGAAUAGGUGAAAGUGAUAUGACGGAUAUUCCAGAGAUUGAUGAACUUGGAAUAAAUAAUAAUUUAAAGCUGCGUUACGAAAACGAGAUUAUAUAUACGUAUACUGGUACAAUACUUGUGGCUGUAAAUCCUUACAAAUCAUUGCACAUUUUUAAUAAGGAUUACGUUUUCAAAUAUCACGGUCAAAAAAUUGGUUCACAUGAACCGCAUGUAUUUGCUUUAGCAGAAGCUUCAUACAAAAGUAUAAUUGAUGAUGAAAUAAGUCAGUCGGUAGUUAUAUCUGGAGAAUCUGGUGCUGGAAAAACGGAAACUACAAAAUUCAUUCUUCAAUAUCUAUGUGCAGUAACUUCUAACGUUUCAACAUGGAUUCAGCAACAAAUUUUGGAAGCAAAUACAAUUUUAGAAGCUUUUGGAAAUGCCAAAACUAUACGUAAUGACAACAGCUCUCGUUUUGGAAAAUUUAUGCAAGUUUGUUUCGACUCUAAACAUUGCAUUAAAGGGUGCGUUAUACAAGAUUACUUAUUGGAACAAUCUCGCAUAACAUUUCAAAGUACUGGGGAAAGAAACUAUCAUGUUUUAUAUCAACUUGUUGCGCAAGGACAUCGCAAUCCCGAAAUGAUGAAAGAGUUUCACUUAAAGUCACCAACAUUUUACCGGUAUUUGAACGCAUCUGGUAAUAACGAAGUUGACAUUGACUUUGAAUCCAAAAAAUUUGAAGCCCUUACGAUGGCAUUUACUGUAUUACAAAUUUCUGAACAAUCGAUCGAUGGAGUAUUCAAGGUGUUAAGUGCAAUAUUAUGGUUAGGUAAUCUGGAAUUUUGUGAUGUUGAUGGCGAACGAUGUGAACUACAUAAUGAAGAUAAAGACAUAAUGCGAAUCAUUUCAAAACUUCUGGGUAUAAAUGAUGCUGAUAUGCUGCAAGUCUUAUUACGGCGACAAAUUAAUGUAAGAGGCAAUAUAACUGAAAUACCACAUAAACUACAGGAGGCUCGAGAAAACCGUCAUGCUAUGGCUAAAGCCCUAUAUUCAAAGACUUUUGCAUGGCUUGUAUCCAAAAUUAACAGUUGUACAAAUCCAGGGCAAGAUGGACAACGAUUUCUUGGUGUUUUAGAUAUAUUUGGAUUUGAAAACUUUGCAAAAAAUUCGUUCGAGCAAUUGUGCAUAAACUACACAAAUGAAAAACUACAUAAGUUUUUUAACCACUACGUUUUUGCUUUGGAACAGGAAAUAUACAGACAGGAGGAAAUAGUCUACUCUCAUGUUGAAUUUACAGAUAAUUCUUUGUGCUUGGAACUGAUAGAGCGGCCGCCAAGAUGUAUUUUUAAAUUAUUAACUGAACAGUGUCAUAUGCCGAAAGGUUCCGACACGGCAUAUCUCAACAAUAUGCAUGUUGAAUUUGAAUACAAUCCAUAUUACAUUAAAGGAAUGGACCGCAGACAUUGGGAAACCGAAUUCGGAAUUAAGCAUUACGCUGGCUGCGUUAUAUAUACCGCUGAAGGAUUUGUUGAUAAAAAUCGAGACGUCCAACAAGAUGUUUUGUUUGAUUAUAUGAGCAGGAGCGAUAAUACGUUUAUAAAGGAAUUAUCAACAUAUCAGGAAAUACAAACUAAUACCUCAACGAAUACUCAGAGAGGAACCUCAAAGGCAAAAAUAACAGUUAGUGAUAAUUUUAGACAACAGUUGCAAACACUAAUUGAUGUCUUGCAGAAUACUAAACCAUGGUAUGUUCGAUGUAUUAAGCCAAAUGCUGAAAAAUUGCCAAAUAAAUAUAAUGAAGAUCUAGUUUUAGAUCAACUAAAAUAUUUGGGAAUGCUCGACAUAAUUCGGAUAAGAAGAGAAGGAUUUCCAAUUCAUUUAACAUUUGCUGAAUUUAUUUCAAAAUAUAAGAGCUUAUUAAGAGACAAAAAAGCGGAGUUAAAUAAAUCAAAUAUAGAAAAUAUAAUGAAUCGCUUGAAGGUACCCCACUCCGAGUGGCAAAUUGGUAAAUCAAAGAUAUUUUUGCGACCAAAAGCUUACGAACCACUAGAAGACUCUAGAAAACAUUUAGUACACACGAUGGCUUUAAUAAUACAAACAAAUUGGAAGCGCUACCUUCAAGUUAAAUACUAUAAACAUAUUCGUAAAGCUGCCUUAAAAAUACAACAUGCAUAUAGAGGAUGGAAAAUGCGCAUUCAGUUUCUACGAAUGCGUCGAGCAGCAGUUGUAAUUCAGUGCCAUUUACGAGGAGUUUAUGCAAGGGAGGUAUGUAUAAAUUGA